GAGCAACUGUGUGCGCAGUUGUUGGCAGAUCCUCCAAAGAGACGCCAGUAGCUUUAGCCGUGAGACAUUGAAUGACUUUGUUGUACCCCUGUGCGGCAGAGUAAAUAAAGUUGCCUAUUUGACAGGUCGGGAUUAGUAUCGGAGCUCAUGGAGGCCCUCAUACCUGUCGUAAACAAACUGCAGGAUGUAUUUAACACGGUCGGCACAGACAUAAUUCAACUGCCGCAGAUAGUUGUUGUGGGAACUCAGAGCAGCGGGAAGAGUUCGGUUUUAGAGAGCCUGGUUGGCAGGGACGUCCUGCCACGUGGCACUGGCAUCGUCACACGCCGGCCCCUUAUCCUACAGCUAGUGCACAUCGAACCAGAGGACCGCCGAAAAACCAGUGAAGAGAAUGCCACAGAAUCCAAGAAAAAUGGACGCCUUUACAGAGGAAUCGACGGAGAGGAAUGGGGCAAAUUUCUACACACCAAAAACAAGAUCUACACAGAUUUCGAGGAGAUCAGGCAAGAAAUUGAAGCAGAAACACAAAGAAUUUCUGGCAAUAACAAGGGUAUUAGUAAUGAGCCCAUUCACCUGAGAAUCUUCUCACCACACGUUGUGAACCUCACAUUGGUGGACCUUCCUGGCAUUACAAAGGUACCGGUGGGAGACCAGCCCAAAGACAUAGAGCUCCAGAUCAGAGAAUUGAUCUUCAAGUACAUCUUCAACCCCAACUCCAUCAUCCUGGCUGUGACUGCUGCCAAUACAGACAUGGCAACCUCAGAGGCCCUCAAAGUAGCUCGCGAGGUUGACCCUGAUGGCAGGAGGACGCUAGCAGUGGUGACCAAGCUGGAUCUGAUGGAUGCUGGCACAGAUGCCAUGGAUGUAUUGAUGGGCAGGGUCAUUCCUGUCAAACUGGGCAUAAUUGGAGUCGUUAAUAGGAGUCAGUUGGAUAUCAAUCAGAAGAAGUUGGUGGCAGAUGCCAUCCGUGAUGAAUACGCCUUCCUACAAAAGAGAUACCCCUCCCUUGCAAACAGAAAUGGAACCAAAUAUCUGGCCAGAACAUUGAACAGGUUACUCAUGCACCACAUCAGAGACUGUCUUCCUGAUCUGAAGACGAGGAUCAAUGUGCUGGCAUCGCAGUACCAGUCGUUACUCAACAGUUAUGGUGAACCUGUGGAGGACAAGAGUUCCACGUUGCUGCAGCUCAUCACCAAGUUUGCUGCAGAGUACUGCCACACCAUAGAGGGCACGGCCAAAUACAUUGAGACAACUGAACUAUGUGGUGGAGCAAGAAUCUGUUACAUAUUUCAUGAAACAUUUGGUCGCACAUUGGAGUCAGUAGAUCCUCUGGGUGGUCUGACAACCAUCGAUGUGCUGACAGCAAUCAGAAAUGCAACGGGCCCGAGGCCUGCUUUAUUCGUGCCCGAAGUUUCGUUUGAGUUGCUGGUGAAGCGACAGGUCAAGCGUCUGGAGGAUCCCAGUCUGCGCUGCGUGGAGCUGGUUCACGAGGAGAUGCAGAGGAUUAUCCAGCACUGCAGCAACUACAGCACGCAGGAGUUGCUGAGGUUUCCAAAGCUCCACGAUGCCAUAGUAGAAGUGGUCACCUCUUUACUCAGAAAGAGGCUCCCAGUCACCAAUGAAAUGGUUCACAACCUGGUUGCCAUUGAGUUGGCCUAUAUCAACACAAAGCACCCUGACUUUGCCGAUGCCUGUGGCCUCAUGAACAAUAACAUAGAGGAGCAGAGACGCAACAGAAUGAGAGACCUGCCCUCUGCUGUCCCCAGAGACAAGUCCCUUAAAGGCCCAGGUGGGCACUCUCUCUCUCCCACUGAGCCUCAUGCCCUCGAGGGCGAGGCCACCAAGGCAGCAGCCAGCGGCUCUCAGAGCGGCGCUGCCAGCGAGCAGACAGACGGCGGGACGGGGAACUGGAGGGGCAUGUUGAAGAAGGGAGAGGACGGACCAGCUACUGACAGAGCCAUGCUCCAGGCCCCACUCCCUGCAAACCCACAUAAGGGCUACGCUGUCAACCUGCUAGAUGUGCCUGUUCCAGUGUCCAGGAAGUUGUCCUCUCGGGAGCAGAGGGACUGCGAGGUCAUUGAGAGACUCAUCAAGUCAUACUUCCUUAUUGUACGGAAAAACAUCCAGGACAGUGUACCGAAGGCCGUGAUGCACUUCCUGGUGAACCAUGUGAAGGACUGCCUGCAGAGUGAGCUGGUGGGUCAGUUAUACAAGACGGGCCUGCUGGAUGACCUGCUGACAGAGUCCGAGGACAUGGCUCAGAGACGCAACGAGGCUGCUGACAUGCUCAAGGCGUUACAGAAAGCCAGCCAGGUGAUUGCAGAAAUCCGAGAAACCCACCUGUGGUAAGGGCGGUCUCUCUUCAUCCCUCAUGAGCCAUCCAGAAGCUCCUGCUGUGUCUGCCAGCUCCUCAGACGGAGAGGCGAACAACUUAAAAAAUGCACUGUUGUGGAUAUGUGUAUAUCGAAACAUAGUUUUAAUGUAAAAAAAAGAACUUGGAUUUAAUGAAGGGCAGUACAUAUCAGCUCCUCAUCAUCAGCAUCACACAUACUCUUGUCGUAGUUAUUAUAUUUUUCUUAUGUAAUUGAAAUAAUAAAUAAAUAGAUGUUAUGCAUCACCACUAUGUGGAGCCUUGAUGAGGAAUGUCUGCUCUUAAUAUAGACUUAAGCUAGAAUUAAAGCUAGAAAUUACAAACCAAUGCUGCAACAUGUGGUUGCUCCCUUUAUCAUGUCAAUUAUUUUAUUAGAUGUUGACAAAAUAAUGUGUCUUCUGCUGAUUGUUCAAUAAAUGUACUUACUUUAGA